CUCGUUUGCCACCUCAUAGAGCUUUAUCUGAAAUAGGCUGGUCGACUUAUCGAAUUCCCUCAUCUCCUGGAAAUCUUUUCAAGCUAUUGAUACAUAGCAAAACAAUAUUUGCCAAAAGUUUUGAAGUUUACUAUGAGAGGGUUGAUACUAACCUUCUUAGUUGGAGCUCUACUAAAUACAGCAUUAGCAAUACAAUGCAAGCUCUGCUGGCCACCGCUUAACGAAGACGAUUGUGCAGAAAACGAGGCAAACAUUGACUGUCGACCUUGGAAGGACAUGGGCUAUGACUCUUGUAUCGAGGUAAACUAUCAUGGUAACAAAUCAAUAGCUCGGACGUGCUACCCUGGGUACAAGUGUGAUGGAGCAAAGGAAUGGUGCCGCCGAUACGGACCGUGCACUGUUAAAUGCUGCAAAUACAACUUGUGUAAUGAUGGACAAGACGAGGAAUUGGAGGAAGAGACUGGGGGAGCUAUUGCCAACGGUGUUUCAUUAUAUCUUUUUUUACAAUCAACGAUGAUGGCUUUGAUAUUCUUAAGGUUCUAGCCUGGAAAAGAAAAAUAAGAUCUUAAUAAGAUAUUGCAACAACUGCUUGGUUUCAAAUGACGUCAUUUCCUGUCUCAUGUGUAAUGUUCAUCAGCUGAGUCGCAAGUUUUCAACUAAAUGACAGCAACGGUAGUCAGAGUGUGAACACCAUUUGUUAAAAUUUGUAAGCAACAAAACGCUCGAACAAUGCCGAGUAAUAUUAUAUAUAUCCGAACAAUUAUUUCCAUUUUUUACUUGUUUUGAUUUUUGUUUCUACGAGAAUGAUUUGGAACGUAAGCAAGAUAAUACAGUUAUCGGCAGAUGAAGUUACUCUACUUGUUUGUCGAAUAAAACGUUUUUUUUCUUAAAUGCUGAAGUACUGUUAUUCGUUUGCCUUCAAGUAAAAUAAAAUAAGUUUUUUAUAAGAUUU